AUGAUACCACAAACACAAGCUAAACCAUCUUCACUCGAUACUGGGGUCGCAUUGACCGAUAAAGGUGUUGCUGUAAAACAAUUUAAAGGUAAAGACCCUAAAAGAGACCUACAUGGUAAACAUUCUCAACAACAACAAAACACUACUACCUUACCAACAAGCCCAGCAUCGUUAGACAACGAUAACCAGGGCCUCAAACCACCAAUGUUUACUUUUGAUGGGGAUGAAGUAGUUACAGAUGAGCAACAAGAUCAGGAAGGCCAACCUUAUGAUCAAUAUGAUACUGAAGCACCAGCAAUUUUCGAACGAUCGGUGCAAGAUUGUUGUUCACCCCACCGCACCAACUCCAUCAUAUCACUCACCAACACUUUAAACAACUAUACCCCUACUUCCUCGUCUAAUUCAGCCGGCGGAAUUUCCAACUCCCUUAACAAUAACAACAGUACCACCAGUAUCACAAACUUACACAGCAACAGCAGCACAGCCGCCAUUGGUGGUGGUUCCAGCAGAAGAAAACUGAUUAUCAAAAGACCCAGAUCAUCAACCACCAACUCAUUCAAUCGUCUUGAAGAUUCAUUCACUCCCCUCAACUCAUUAAUCACAUCCUUUGACUCAUCGUCAGCCCACUCGAAUGUAAGUGCCAACACCAAUUUAGCUUCCUCGGGAUUCCCAUUGUCUCCCAAUAGUCCACCAAAAUUGAGACACACCCAAUCGCAAAUGAACUGUUGUUCGUAUGCUGAGUUAAUCAGUGAUGAGUCGUGGUCCAAUAGCCCAUUCCCAUCCAAUUCUGGCGCUGGUGCUGGUACUGCUGGGUUGAGUGGAAAACGAGGACAGCCUCCCAUUAGAUCGACUCAGUCGUCAGGUGUGGUGCCUACCUUAAGAUCACCAAAGUGGAAAAAGUAG